GUUUGUUAACCAUCAAGGGUUGCCAGCCGAAGUUCAUCAAGUGACUCUUCCAAACUAUCCAGUAAAUUAUUGAUGUGCCUUCCAAAUCCUGCGACUGGUAAAAUCAUGCUGUCAAAUGCAAGGAUGAGGCUGCUAUAGAUUGCCUUUGACUUUGCCAGAAGGAGGAGCAGAAGGGAGGAGGAGGGGAUCGAUGUUCGCUUCUAUCGCUUACCCGUGUCUGUGGGAGUGAGACUGAGCACAGUCCCUCCGGAAAAGCUGCCAGCCACCGACCGACCGAGAGCAGCAGCAGCUCCGCUUCGCCACUGCUCCAACAGGCGCUCGCUCGCUCGGGGAGAGGAGAGAGAGAGAGAGAGAGAGACUGAGACAGGGAGAGGGAGGCAGGACCGACAGCUUGCGAUCGUCCAGCCAAGGGGGGGUGGUGCGUUUCUGUGCAAACCCAGCCACCAGCACAUCUCCCCCCCCCACCCCCCUCCCGCAAUCAACCAACGACAGACACAUCCAUACAUUAUUUUCUGUAAUAUUUAGGAUAUUGUCUUUAACACCUACACAUCCUAACACACGCAGAUAGAGAAACUCGCCUCCGCCGAGCAUCCCCCCCCUUUCCCCUGUCCUCUCCUCCCUCACCCCCCCAUCCCUUUCCCUCCCCCUCAGCGUCACCUCUUCACACACCUGAAGAAAAGUCAAGUUGAAACUCUCUCUCACAACAUGCCGCGGAGGAAGCAGCAAGCACCCAAACGGGCUGCAGUUUAUGUCCCAGAUGAAGACUUGAAGACAGGAGAACUGAGAGAAAGAGAAGAUGCCAGUCCUUCUGCUGCAGAAUUACAAGGUAAUGGUUACAUGUGCACUGAGGAGGAAGAGGAGGAGGAGGAAGAAAGCAAAGGCAGCUACAGCUACCAGAAUUCUCCAGUCAGUGCAAUGUCCAAUCCGGAUGCAGAGUGUGAAUCGCACCUCAGUGAUACCAGUGACAGAUUGGCUGAUUUUAAAAGUAUUUCUUCCCGGGAUGGACAGGAAAAGGAAGAGCAAUCAAAUGGAGAGAUAAAGAAUGGCCAACAGAACAGUUUAGGAGCAAUGAGAGCUGUUUAUGCUAGCUUUCUGUCUGAUUCAUAUUGGUCAAGUCUUGGAUUUGACCUCAAACAAUCAAAGACUGAAAGGACAAGCUGCAAAAGCAGCAAUGAAAGCACCAAAAGUAGUUUUGAUUGGCACCAAGAUGCAUUAUCCAAAACAUUUCAACAGACAUCCUCUGGUAGGCCGGUGCCUAAACCAAAUCUUUUCAGUUCAGUGCAGUUGUACAGGCAAAAUAACAAGUUGUUUGGGACUGUUUUCACAGGCGCCAGUAGGUUUCGCUGCAGGGAAUGUAGUGCAGCAUACGACACUUUGGUAGAGCUAACUGUACACAUGAAUGAUACAGGACAUUACCAAGAUGAUAACCACGAAAAGGAUGUGGACCACAACAGCAGUUGGACAAAGUCACGAAAACGGGCUUUGCAGGACAUUGAUGGGAUGCAUGAUGCCCAGAAAGUUUUAAAGUGCAUGUACUGUGGACAUUCAUUUGAUUCCCUCCAAGAUUUGAGUGUUCAUAUGAUUAAAACAAAACAUUACCAGAAAGUGCCUCUGAAGGAACCUAUGCCUCCUAUUGGAUCAAAGUUAGUCCCUCCGACAAAAAAACGAGCCCAGCAUGAAGUUAACCAGCCUUGUUCACCAGAUUCAACAACUGGAGUUGCAGGUGCUUUUGCAGGCGAAGCACAAAAGAAUUCAAAUCCCUAUGUGUCCUCUAACAAUCGCUAUGGUUAUCAAAAUGGUGCCAGCUACACCUGGCAAUUCGAAGCCUGUAAGUCUCAAAUUCUGAAGUGCAUGGAAUGUGGAAGCUCACAUGAUACACUACAGCAGCUCACAGCUCACAUGAUGGUGACAGGCCACUUUCUAAAGGUAACAAACUCUGCAUCAAAAAAGGGAAAACAAAUUGUUUUUGACCCUUUGGCUGUCGACAAAGCACAGUCAGUUACUGAAGGACCAUCAAAUGAAGUCCAACCUUUGGCACACGUUAGCAAAUUGCCUCCAGAUUCAUUAACACCCUCAGUUUCAGAAGAUAACAAAACCCAUGAAGAAAAGCAAGAAAUGUCAGGAGACUUGGAAAAACAGCAUAAAGAUAAAGAUGAUUGCAAAGAUGAUAACCUGGAGAAGAUCUUUGAUCCCACGCUUCAGUAUCAGUACAUACGGGAAGAAGAUCUGGAAGAGAGCUCAAAGGGAGGUGGUGAUAUUCUUAAAUCCCUUGAAAACACUGUUACUUCAGCCAUCAACAAAGCCCAAACUGGGAGCCCAAGCUGGAGUGCUUAUCCCAGCAUUCAUGCUGCCUAUCAGCUCCCUGGUAUUAUUAAACCUGUGCAACUUGGUACUCAAAUAUUACAAGUUAAGCCAAACCUGAAACCAAUAGCUCCAAAAGUCAGAUAUUUCUCUGUUAUUACAAGUAACCAAAACCAACCCCUUCAAUCCCAUAGUGACCAAAUUAAGGAAGAGCCUAUUAGUCCAUCUCAUGAACAACUUGCAUCCAAAUUGGAAGAAAGCAAUAUUGAGAAAAAUUUUCAAUCUGGGGUAAUUUCACCAUGUAAGAUGGAAACUGAGAGUCCAGUAAAAACAGAAACUCUACCUGAUCAGCCAAGGACGCAUUCACCUUGUUUGAAAGAUGAAGAAGAAGAAGCAAAAGAAAGGUUCAAGAAAGAGCCUGUAAAAAAUGACGCGGGAUCUCCAAAUUUUUCCAUGACCAAUGGUUGCUCUGGAAUGACUGUUAUCACAGAUCAUCCAUCUGAACAACUUUCUGUCAGUCCACUUAGUGCAUUGCAGUCCAUCAUGAACACUCAUCUUGGCAAAGCUGCCAAGCCCCUUAAUUCAAACUCAGACCCAGUAACUAUGUUAUGUCGACUCAAUAAAAGUUUGCUGGAGAAAUCAACUUCGCCGCCAAGUUUAAUCAAACCGUCUAGUCUUGCUGAUCGGUAUUACUAUGAAAGUAGCGAUCAGCCAAUAGAUCUCACAAAAUCUAAGAGCGACAAAGCUGCCCAAUCAAACCCGGUCAAAUCCUUUACUUCAUUACCUUCCAAACAUGCUUUAUCUGAUAUUGCAGACAUGGUAAAAGUCCUCCCUAAAGGCACAACACCAAAACCUUCUACCUCAUCAAAGAUAACAGCAGAGAGGUUAGAGACUGAUGUGAGGAGCUUUGAAGAUGUGUCAAUGGAAUUUUUACCAGUUCAGAAAAGAAAAGGUAGGCAGUCAAACUGGAAUCCCCAGCAUCUUCUCAUUCUACAGGCCCAGUUUGCUGCCAGCCUUUGGCAAACAGGUGAAGGCAAAUAUCUAUUAUCAGAUCUAGGUCCUCAAGACCGCAUGCAUAUUUCAAAGUUUACUGGACUUACCAUGACUACCAUAAGUCAUUGGCUUGCCAAUGUGAAAUAUCAACUAAGAAAGACAGGUGGAACAAAAUUCCUGAAGAACUUAGACACAGGGCACCCAAUUUUCUACUGCAAUGAUUGUGCUUCCCAGUUUAGGACUCCUUCCACUUAUAUUGGUCAUUUAGAAUCCCAUUUGGGCUUCACUAUGAAAGAUAUGGCAAAAAUUUCUGUACAGCAUGCCAGAGGAGAGCAAGAAGUCUCAAAAGUGGCAUCUGAGAAGUCAGCAGGGCCAUUGGUAACAGAUGAGGACACAGGCAGCAAGUUCCAGUGUAAUCUGUGUAAUCGAACUUUUGCUAGCAAGCAUGCAGUAAAACUUCACCUCAGCAAAACGCAUGGCAAGUCACCAGAGAAUCAUUCGCAGUAUGUAACUGAAUUAGAGGAAGAGUAACAACUCAAGGGCAAAGGUAAACAAUGAUCAUAAUCUGCAGUCCAGGCAUCUUUUUCCCGGCCCUCUCCUGCAUCACUUCAGCUGCGACAUUGAACUCCAAGUGCUCUGACCGCAAAGAGCACUCAACUCCAGCAGUUACUCUUCAUUCUCACUAACAAUUUGGUAAUGAAGUAUUGAUUUUUCAGCUCGAUUCUUAUGGAUGUUAUUAGAUUUUCAUUGAUAAACUGUGCUCUGCCUCUCUACUCCCUGCUGCUUCUCUGCAGCACAUAUAACAAAGUGUUUCUGUGGGAAAUAAUGGCCGGGAACAUUGAUGUGCUUAUUUCAUCAAUUGGUUACUCCUGAUGGCAAAAAAGGUACAAUUUUUCAAAUUUUAAUGCCUGAGUUUAAUGCAAAGAUACAAUCAGAUUGGACACUAAUGUCUUUACUGCUGAUGCUGACAUUGAAUUAUGGCUGAGUCGAGGCUGUGGCCCAGAGAACGCUCACUAUGAAGGAGGUGCUUUGUAGCCAGUGCAGUUGUCAAUGUUCCACUUGGGUUUCCCACUGCAGUCUUAGCAGCGCAAGGGAUCAAUCUGUCUAACUACGAAGAAAAGGACUGAUGAAGCAGUGAAUGAGGUCCAGCCAGAGAGAAAAAAAAACUUGUACACUGUUAAUCAUCUGCUGCAAUAAUGCACAGAAUCAGCUUCUUUGUGGGUAGGAACAAGGACUAAUACAGACAAUUUCGCUGCCAGGAGAAUCAGUCUACUGCUGUCGCUGUAUAAAAAAUGGCCUCCGCCUACAUCCUACAUCACACCGAGUAUGAACCUACAGCAAAGGGAGAAGGAAAAACUUAUCAUGAGGAAGCAGACAACUGAAGCUCAAUCCUGAUACAUUUUUGUUUCCACAGACAGUCUAAGCUAUAAUGCAGGAUGCAUGGCAGACACCUGAGAUGUAGGGAAUGAAUCUCCAUUUAUCCGUGAUAAAGUCACAAGAGACAAAGUCACAAAUAAGUGAUGGUGUUGCAGCUAGGAGUUCAAUAAAUAUCACAGGCAUACACACCAGGUAUUCAGUUUAUUCACACGGCUGGAGAAAUGUGUCAGCUUUUUCGUGUAACUUUUAUUUUUAGAAUGUUCAAUUACUGUUUUGUUUAUUGUUAAGACCAAUCAAUCUUAUACAAGUCAGUGUUAACCCGCUAAGCUUAUAACGCCACCCUGACAUACAACUGGUGUGCAGAGAAUGUACAUCUGCAAUCCGUAGGCAAUGAAAAAUAUAACCCACUCAGAAGAGUCUGAUUUCAUAAAUGCAGGUGACCUGGGCUUAAGAGGUCUGUCUAGAAAGUCAGCUUGUUUUGUUUCAAUGCUCACUGGCAUGUAUCCAAUUUAUCUCACACUUUAUUAUUAAUGAUCAUUUCAAACUAAGCUUUUCUCAGUUUUGUCUGUUGCUCUGUGUAUUGGUUUGAUUUGAAGUUGCUGGAGAUAAGUCCUUUCAGUAUACAUGCAGCACAAAUAAUUUUUAAAAGCUUUGUGUUAUUCAAUGGGUUUCUCAUUUAUUUUUAUAAUAAGUCUGAGGAUUGAUCUCAGCACAGGCCAAGACAUGCAGACCAGCAUUGCUCAAAGGUUAUAAUUAGUAUAUCACUCAUUCUUUUCCUAUCCUUGUCAUUUAAUUAAAAGUACACGUGAUGCCUUAUUUCUAAAUUAUUUUGGCAAAACAGAUUUCUUGAGACCAAAAGGACCUGUACUUUGUGGUUCUCAGCACCAACUGACCACAUUGCUGCUGUUUUAUCAUUUUAGAUCUGAGGUUAUGCAUGAUUACUAGUGAAGCUGCCUCUGUUUCUGUUCGCUCACAAUGCAUAACUGUGCAAUAAUAAGCAACUUCUAUGUGAUAGGUUUCCCGGUGCUAAGGUUCUUAUUUUUCUUGUCAAAAUAUAUUUUUGACAAAAAAAAUGUACAGACAUGACAUGUAAUAAUCAUGUUCUUGCAGUGGUCCUCAUUGAAAAUUUAAUGUCACAUGGUAGAUUUCGACUGUGCUGCUUGGUUGUUGCAGAUUGGUUGCCUGUUAUAGACCUGCCCAGUGAUGAAAAUCAGGUGGUUUCUGCAAUUAGUGGCCAAUCCUCAAUGCCAGUUUCCAAGCUGUGAUCUGAAAAAAUAUGCUGCCACUUCUUUCUGGCUUGAAUAAUCAUAUCUGGCAAUAUUAAGCCUUGUCCAUGCAAUCCCAGGACACCAUGUGACAAGUACCGCUUCAGUAUUCUAUACCACUGCAUCUUAACUUUUCUGUAUUUGCUGUAAUUAAAAUGGUUGUGUUUUCAUAC